GCGGUGAGCUGCCCGCUCCGCUCAGUGCCCUCGGGAUGCGGUGAUUAGGGACCAGGCUGUCCCUCCGGGAGGGGCCCCCCCGCGCCCGGGGACCCGGUGCAGAGAAAGCGGGCAGGAUGCUGCUGUCCGAGCAAGCCCAGAAGUGGUUUCCAACCCACGUGCAGGUCACAGUGCUCCAAGCCAGGGAUCUGAAGCCAAAAGGCAAAAGUGGCACCAAUGACACAUACACUAUCAUUCAGCUGGGCAAGGAGAAGUACUCCACGUCCGUGGCUGAGAAAACCCUGGAGCCCGUGUGGCGGGAGGAGGCGGCCUUCGAGCUCCCGGGCCUGCUGGUGCGGGGCAGCCCGGACAAGUACGUGCUUUUACUCGUGGUGAUGCACAGGUCCCUGGUGGGGCUCGACAAGUUCUUAGGGCAGGUGGCAAUCAACCUCAAUGACAUCUUUGAGGACAAACAAAGAAGGAAAACAGAGUGGUUUAGGUUAGAAUCCAAACAAGGAAAAAGAGCCAAAACCCGGGGUGAGAUAAAGGUCAGUAUUCAGUUCAUGAGGAACAAUAUGACAGCAAGUAUGUUUGACUUAUCAAUGAAAGACAAAACAAGAUCUCCGUUUGCAAAAUUAAAAGAUAAGAUGAAAGGGAGAAAGAACGAUGGGACAUUUUCUGACACAUCUUCUGCAAUCAUUCCAAGUUCUCAUGUGACGGAUGCCAAUUCUGAGUUUUCAAGUGGUGAAAUGCAGAUGAAAUCGAAACCAAAAAAGCCUUUCCUUUUGGGUCCUCAGAGGCUCUCCUCAGCGCAUUCAAUGUCGGAUUUAACUGGGGCCCACGUGUCUUCUGAGAAACUGAAGUCUGGCACCACUGGCCAGACGCAUCUUCUCGGACGCCAGAUAGAGUCCUUUGGAGCAGUUCCAGAAAGUGGGAGCCCCCGGUCUCCGCACCGGCGGACGCUGAGCUUCGAUACUUGCAAAGCGAGCCAGGCGCGCGGCGCCGACCAGGGCCCGUCGGCCCCCGGGAGACAGAGCGACCCGUUUACCAACGUCACGGCGUCCUUACCCCAGAAAUUCGCAACACUGCCACGGAAGAAAAACCCCUUUGAAGAUAGCAGCGAACCCUGGGACAACGGCGUGACUUUGUUCGCGAAAUCCGUCGACGUAAGAAAAGAGAGUAAAAGGGAGAAAAGAGAGAAAGUGAGCCUGUUGGAGAGAGUGACGGGCAGGAAGGAAGGCAGGAGGCCCGAGAAGCUGGGCAGCGGGGCCGGCAGCCCUGGCCUCCUGAAAUCGCCUAGUGCGUUCAGCGAAAACCGUCAGGACUAUUUUGAUUACGAGUCAACUAAUCCGUUUACAGCAAAAUUCAGGGCUUCCAACAUAGUGCCGUCCUCAAGUUUUCAUACGAAUCCGACAAGUAGUGAAGACCUCAGGAAAAUCCCGGACAGCAACCCUUUCGACGCCACGGCAGGGUACCGCAGCCUCACCUACGAGGAGGUGCUGCAGGAGCUGGUGAAGCACAGGGAGCUCCUGCGGAGGAAGGACACGCACAUCCGGGAGCUGGAGGACUACAUCGACAACCUGCUCGUGCGGGUCAUGGAGGAGACGCCCAGCAUCCUCCGGGUGCCCUACGAGCCGUCGCGGAGGGCUGGCAAGUUCUCCAGCACUUAGACGCCCGGCGCGCGUGUCGCGGGGGAGGGAAAAGCCCAGCGCGCCCUCCCUGUCGGGAACAGUCGCAGGACUUACCAGGAGGAGCAGGGACUAUCCAGAGGGACCUUUGAAGUGAGCUGAAUGGUUUAAGCUUUUAAAGUGAACGUGGGCCAGAUAGAUUCUUGAUAAAUAGCAGUUCCUUGGGCCUCACGGAGGUGCUGGAGCCAGCCCACUAUCUGCCAAAGGCCUGGCAGCGGCUUCGGGAGUUCAUGGCUUAUUCCUCAGGAAUUGAUUUCUCAUAACCUGACACUGGGAGAGCGGAUACUGUGGUUGGUUUCUCAGCGUUCAGUUUGCAGACAGUUUAGCUGCAGGAACACUGCUCAUUGUAAACACUACUUUAAAAAACAGUUCAUAUUUUACAUACUUGUGUAUGUAUGUGAAUAUAAGUUUACGUAUCUUUGCAUAUAAAAUACAUGCGUAUACCUCACAUAUACAUGUGUUUUUAGAACAUUUAAAAUCAACUGGUUGCCUCUAACAUGAGGAUACCAAUCUCUUAAUCUGACAGUGUACAUGUGCUCACUCGAUUGACGCAAAACCAACCACCGCCGCUCCUGCAGUGUCCUGGUUUGUCAUAGAGGAGCUGCUUCAAAUCACUCUUGACUCUGUGGACCUUGGUUUCAAAGUGAGCUGCUACUAUGUUACUCCAGCACCACACUUUUGCUCUUUCUCCAAAAGUAAUGCUCCAAAGGCCUUUUUAAAGAACGACCUAUUUAAGGAAACUCCAUUAACUUCACAACAGCAUGGAUUUCUCAAAUUCACUUUUUAUCUUAGCAUUUGAGUUUCGUCUAAGCUAUAAGCAGAAGAUAAGCUAAUGUAAUUUGUUGAGAUUCUGAACGCCUAUAAAUCACUAGCAAAGAAAAUAUUAAGAAGUUGAAGCUGAAGAUAAUUUUGGGGGGGUGACGGGUAAAAGGAGGUGAUCAUCUGAUGCCUGAUAACCCAAAACAGUGGGCAAAUUCUCAGAAUAAAGACUUAGGCUUGGUUUCAAGUUACAUAAAUACUGGAACAGAUGGUUGCAUUUGGGUCUUGAACCAAAAUAAGUUACUAAAGAAGGAGUGAGUUUUUAGAACAGACCUUAACUAGCAAGAUGUUACACGCUAUUCUGCAUCUGCUUUUUAAGAAUUGAUUUACCACCAAAUUAUAUGUCGGCUGUUUCUAUGUCUGCUCCCCCAGGAUGUUGAGUACUUCCAUGAAUUAUCUUUAGGUGGUUGUACAAAAUUAGUCUGAAACAUAAAGUGGAAAACAAUGGUUAUAAAAAUAUUACUAAUUAUGUACUGCUUAUCUUUGACCUUAAAGUCUAAAAUACUUACUAUGAAACACUGACUCUGUCUCUUCUGAAUUUAAAAUGA